AUGGGUAAGAAAUCGGACAGCACACAGAUUAAUGGUUUAAAGACAGAAAAUUCUGGGCCUUUAUCUGAUCCCGAGAAAAUCGCUGAAUACUUGAAUAUUCACUUUACAAACGUUGGGCCGAAACGUGCAUCUGAAAUCCUUACGGUGGAUUGUGAUGUAAAUCCAGCGGAUUCCCAACAGCGCGUUAAUUCUUCUUUUGAACUGAAGGAAGUCACGAUCUCUGACGUGUUUAAAAAACUGCAGGAAGUAAACGUUGCAAAGGCGACUGGGUCAUGAUAACAUCCCAUACAAGAUUUUAAAAAUAGCGGCUCCAGUUAUUUCUUUAUCGUUAGCUGACCUUUUCAACCUCUCGAUUACUAUAAAUACUUUUCCAGAUGAAUGGAAAGUUGCAAACGUCUUUCCGCUAUUUAAAUCAGGUGAACGAAAUGAUCCAAAUAACUUUAGACCGAUUUCUGUCUUACCAACUAUAGCCAGAGUUUUUGAACGAUUAGUUUGUGAGCAGAUGUAUGCCUAUUUUGCGGAAAACAACCUUAUUCAGCCUCGUCAGUCUGGGUUUAGAUCUCUCCAUGCAACUGUAACUGCGCUUCUAGAUAUGACAAAUCAGUGGUGUCUUAAUAUUGAUAAAGGUAUGGUCAGUGGUGAUAUUUUUCUUGAUGUUAAGAAGGCAUUUGACACUGUUGACCAUGCUAUCUUGUUGAAAAAACUGUCUGACUAUGGGGUGCAGGGUCAAACCGCUUCUUGGUUCAAGUCUUACCUAAAAGACAGACAGCAAUUUUGCGUGGCAAACGGAUUGUCUCUGUAAAAAAUCGUAUCGUAUUUGGCGUUCCUUAGGGUUCUUUAUUAGGCCCAUUCUUGUUUCUUAUUUACAUUAAUGACUUACCAAAUUGGUUAGAUCAUAGUAUGGGAAGGUCAUUUGCAGAUGAUACAAAUUUAGCGUUCUCUGCCGUUGAUUUAUCAAUCCUUCAGACAGAAAUGAGCAACGACCUUAACAGAAUUUGUAAUUGGCUCAGCUCAAAUAAACUCACAUUGAAUAUUCUAAAAACAGAUUUUAUGGUGAUAGGUUCGCGGCAGAGAAUUGCAACAUUAGCUGCAUGGAAAUCUUUCAUUAAGUGUGAAUGGUUUAACGUUACAACAGGUCGAAAGUACAAAGUGUCUUGGUCUCACUAUCGACCAAUUUCUUACUUGGAGAAAUCAUUUACAAAGUGUCAGACAAAAGGUGGGGUGUGGCAUUAGAAUUCUUAAGAUGA